UCUGACUGUUUGGAGCUGCUGGGACUGAAUGACAGAUGAAAGGUUAGCGAGCUACCUGUAGAAAUAACUUUACCAAAUAUCGACAAUAAGGUUUACUCCUGUCUGUGGUAUGAAAAGGUGACUUUGGCCAUCUCGCCUUGUGAUCAGAAAGCUGAAGCAUGGAUUCGCCUCAGGGGGACUUCUCUCCACUCAAACGCUUUGUAGUAGCCAAGAAGAAGAUCAGUGACGUGUUUGAUCAACUGCUGGAGUAUGUGACGGAAGGCUUGGUGUUUGUAGAAGAAACGUGUCGAAAUGACGCCUUGGAGAACAUUGCAAGUCGGGAGCAACAGGAGCAGAUUCGGGCGUAUGCCGGGAAACUGCAAACUAUAAAAGAUGUGCUGGCACGCAGACACAUGAAGGUGGCCUUCUUUGGCAGGACGAGUAACGGUAAGAGUACAGUGGUGAAUGCCAUGCUGAGGGACCGGGUGCUGCCCAGUGGCAUGGGUCACACCACCAACUGCUUCCUGAGUGUGGAGGGCACGGACGCAGACCAUGCCUACCUCAAGACAGAGGGCUCAGAGGAGGAGAAGAGCAUCAAAACUGUGAACCAGCUGGGUCACGCGCUGCACAUGGACCAGAGUCUGGACGCAGGCUGCCUGGUCCGAGUCUUCUGGCCCAAGACCAAGUGUGCCCUUCUCCGAGACGACCUGGUCCUCGUAGACAGCCCUGGAACAGAUGUCACCACGCAGCUGGACAGCUGGAUCGACAAGUUCUGCUUGGACGCUGAUGUCUUUGUGCUGGUGGCCAACUCUGAAUCAACCCUCAUGAACACGGAGAAGCAUUUCUUUCACAAGGUGAACGAGAAGCUCUCCAAACCCAACAUCUUUAUUCUCAACAACCGCUGGGACGCCUCAGCCAAUGAGCCAGAGUACAUGGAGGAUGUGCGCAAGCAGCACAUGGACCGCUGUGUCGACUUCCUAGUGGAGGAGCUGAAGGUGGUGGACCGGGAGCAGGCACCCAACCACAUCUUCUUUGUGUCAGCCAAGGAGGUGCUCAACUCCCGUAUGCAGCGCGCCCAGGGUAUGCCAGAGUCCGGUGGAGCUUUAGCAGAAGGUUUCCAGGAGAGGCUCAAGGAGUUCCAGAGUUUCGAGAGGAUAUUUGAGGAGUGUAUCUCGCAGUCAGCAGUGAAAACAAAGUUUGAGCAGCACACUAUCAGGGCCAAGCAGAUCACUGAAACGGUCAAAUCCAUCAUGGACGCCAUCAACAUCGAGGCGGCAGAGAAGAGAGUGGCCUCAUUGGAGGACCGUGAGUACCAGAUGGACCGUCUGGAGUUUGUGAAGAACCAGCUCCAGCUGCUCAUAGAAGACAUCAAGAAGAAGAUCAAGGCUGUCACAGUAGAGGUGGAGAGCAAGGUGUCCAGCGCCAUGGGCGAGGAGAUCUGUCGUCUCAACGUGCUCGUCCAGGAGUUCCACUCUGACUUCCACCCCUCGCUCCACAUCCUCAAGUGCUACAAAUCAGAGCUCCUGAGCCACAUCGAGGAGGGCAUGGGCAAGAAUCUGGCCUUCCGCUGCUCCAACGCCGUCAACGCCUCCGUGCAGUCCUCCCAGAGAGACAUGAUCGAGAGUCUGCAGCCUCUGCUGCCUCCUGCUGUUCAGAACCAGAUACAGACGCUGGUGCCCUGCCACAAGUUUGACCUGACCUACGACCUGAACUGUGCCACGCUCUGCUCGGACUUCCAGGAGAACAUAGAGUUCCAGUUCUCGAUGGGUUGGACGGCGCUGGUCAACCGCUUCCUGGGGCCCACCAACGCCAAUCGGGCCCUCAUGCUGGUCGACAAGAACUUCCCGAUGACGCGCUCCCUGUCCACCACGCCAUCUAACGGCCCCUCCAGUGUUGCGGUGGCCCAGCCCCAGGAAGCCGCGCUUUCCCAGGAGGACCUGAUGAUGUCCGUGGCCACCAACCUGGCCUCCCUCGCCUCCCGCACAUCCAUUAGCAUGGUCAUCGUCGGAGGAGUGGUGUGGCGGACGGUGGGCUGGCGGCUCAUAGCCCUGUCGGCCUCCAUGUACGGCCUGCUCUACCUGUGGGAGAAGCUCACGUGGACCACCAAGGCCAAGGAGCGCGCCCUCAAGCGCCAGUUUGUGGACUACGCCACCGAGAAGCUGCAGCUGAUUGUAAGCUUCACCAGUGCCAACUGCAGCCACCAGGUCCAGCAGGAGAUGGCCACGACCUUUGCCCGGCUGUGUCAGCAGGUUGACCUGACGAAGAGGGAGCUGGAGGGAGAGAUCAGCCGACUGACGGCCAAGGUCCAGACUCUGGAGACAGUCCAGUCCCGCUCCAAGACCCUCCGGCACAAAGCCACAGAGUUGGAGAGGCAGUUGGGGACUUUUACAGACCAAUAUCUGAAUCCCCAUCAUUGAUGGACUGGGCCUCUCUGGCUUCCCUGGAGCCUCAGUUCUGGCAUUGACUCGCCAUGCCUGUACUCCCUUCCCCUCUCCACUCCACUCGGAGAAAAUAUGUCCACCCUUGAUAGUAUUCCUCCCAGAAUUUCCCCACCUCCAAACAGAUGUUUCUCCAAGAGAUUUGCGGAAGUGUACAGUCUUCCACGCACUUUAUAGAAUGACUUUGUUGAACUAACAGGAAGUUUGUUCUCUGCGAACACAACUACCUGUAACACAAUACAAACUGUGUAACUGUGUGAAUCGGACAUGUGAAUACUGUUCUGAAGGUCGGGACAUAAAGCCUUGGUUGUGAUUGGAGGUUGGGUUGACGCUACUGCUCUUAACUGUGAAUAUGCCUUUCACUAACUCCUGAGGUAAAUGGGUGUGUGAGUGUUUAGACACAUGUAGGCAUGUGAUUUUCAUUCAGAGCUGAAUUUGUUCUGGUUGACCCUUGGCACUGGUACCCCAAAAUAAAUACACACACACACAGCAUUCAGAAAGUGUUCAGACCCCUUGACUUUUUCCACAUUUUGUUACGUUACAG